AUGAAGACUGUCGUCUUCGUUGGCGCAACCGGCGCCCAAGGGGGUGCCAUCAUAAAGACCCUUUCUUCCACAAACGAAUACAAAAUUCUCGCCUUGACACGUAGCACUACAUCGCCUGCCGCCCAGGCGAUCGCCGGCCUUCCCAAUGUCGAGCUUGUCCAAAACAAUGCAGGAUUCGGGUAUGAUGUUGACGCAUUCUAUCAAGCUGCUCUACGAUCUGACUACGCUUUUAUCAACACCGAUGGUUUCGCGCUUGGAGAACAAGCCGAAACCUAUUGGGGAAUUCGGCUGUUUGAAUUGUCUGCCAGAGCUGGCGUGAAACAUCUGAUCUGGAGCGGCCUAGAUUACAAUGGCAAGAAGACUGGAUAUGAUCCAAAGUUCUACGUAGGGCAUUAUGAAGGGAAAGCAAGAGUCACAGAGUGGAUGCGUUCUCAGCCGACUAGUCCAAUGGCUUGGACCGUUAUUAAUUCGGGACCCUAUAUUGAGAUGCUUUGGGAGCUCCUCCUCCCAGAAAGAGGCAGCGACGAUGUUUACAGUUUCAAGCUACCUCUUGGUCAAGGCGCCAUUCCCUUUGUCCACCUUGAAGACUUCGGGCGCUAUGCUGCGUGGAUCUACACCCACGAAGACGAGGCGAACGGCAUGGUGCUAGAUAUCGCUAUUGCACAUAUUUCAGGUUCUGAACUUGUCCGAGCUUUUACGGCUGCAACUGGCAAACGGGCUGAAUAUGUCGACGAGCCCGUCGCGGAGACCGUUGAAAAGUACUUCAAGUAUUUGCCGAAAGGUGUAGACACAAAGGUUGGGAUUUCCUCGGUCAAGGACGAAAAUGCUCUCCUCAUGACGUUUGGUGAGAACUUUACCAAUUGGUGGAACCUAUAUCGGAAUAGCGCAGACAACAAAGGAGUGAUCCAGCGUGACUACGCUUUGCUGGACCGCAUCUUGCCUGACAGAGUCAAGAGUGCCGAAGAGUGGAUGAAGAAAGUUGGGUAUGAUGCCACCAGACGCACAGUCCUCAGAUCCAGGGCUUGA